UCUGUGUAAAUAGACGCAGAACCAAUGCACCACAUCUCGUAAAACCUUGCCGUCUCCUUUAGAGCUCCUUUUCAACAGUUUUCAUCUCAUCCGAGAUCUCACAAGGCCAGAUGACUAUGGACCUAGUCGCCGUUAGAUGUGCCAAAUGCGAUUCCAAACUGGGCAAUCUCGUCAAUUUAUGGACACAGAUAGGCAAAAAAUACAUAACACCAGUGGCACACGCCGAGGAGAAGGGCGAUGCAGACAAGAUCUCGGCAACGGGCGCUGUGCGGAUUGGCGAUGCAGGCACUUUGGUUGAGGGCUGUGAGCUCCGAGAUGCUGAAUGUUCAACAUGUCAUACAAACAUUGGACAGAAGUGCAUAACAAGCCCCCCAAAUCAUAUAUUUGCCAAUGGGCAAAUCAUAUAUCGUAUCACUUCCAUAGGUCUCAAAAUAGCCAAAGACCUUAGGCGUAAGGCUGAGCCCAAGAUACAGCGCACCCUCCAGCUCAGAGACCAGUCGGCGGCCGCAACUCAAGCGAAGCCCUCGAUCGUGAGUGGCAGGGCAGCCCCUCAGAAUGAAACGACUCCAAGUCGGGAUAGGUUCGACAUUAUGCAGAUCCAGGCCGAUCUGGAAGUUCAGCAAGAUGAGAUCCAACGAAUUGGCGUUGCUGGAUUUCAGGUCAUGUCCAAUUUCGAUAGCACUGUUGCGCGCCUCGAAAAACAGAUGCGGCAACUCAGCGAAUCCAUCGCGAGCGUUCGUAGAGAUGGAGAAGGGCAGCAAGCGGACAUUAAGUCUCUCAAGACACAGAUGAGCGACGCCAAGCGGAAUGGCCAGAACGACGACGGCGUUGUUGCUCGUUUGGACCAGCAGCUUCAGACUACAGACAAAGUGGUCGCAGAGCUUCGGCAAAUAAUGCAAAAAUCCAAGUCAGACAUCACUGGCCUCCGAAGCGAGCUGACGGCCGCGAAAAAGGAGAUUACAGAGGUGAAAAAGGCAAAUGCACGCCUCAAGCAGGAAGCCGACGAGGCGAAACAGGUAGCACAGGAAGGUAUAGCUACGUCUAAGCUGUAUGCGUCUGAGGUGGCAUCUCUAAGGCGAGAGAUUACACAGCUGCGAUCUGAGCUUGCGCAAGAUAAUGACCGUCGUCACUUGUCGGUGGGCGAAGAUCCCUCAAUCUCAUCUCAUCAACUGGACAUUCUCGCCAGCAACAUAUCCAAGAUUGGAAACCGCGCAAGCCAAGUAGAGUCCUUGCAGAUGGAAUUCGAUCUCUUUAGGACUCGAAUACAGCGGUUAGAAACUCGAAUGGCCAACGGUACGCCCAACCCUAGCAGAAAAGAUGUUCGACCGUCUGUUGGGGAAUACGGCUCCGUAACUGAGCAGGGCAACCAAUCCCACUAUGGAACGGCCACGCGCCAGAAACGAUCAGCAAUAAGUAGAGAUGACAGCCAUAUGAUGAACUCGACACCUUCUAAGCGAGUGGCACUCUCUUCAGAUUACCCUACCCUUGCCAAUGCUGGCUAUAUCAGCAAUGGUGAACAGCAGCAAUCGUCGCCUGGGACUAUGGCUUUGGUAGAAACUCCUGUUCAGCGGCGGACUACAGCCACAGCAAACAAGAGCACUGUAAGGCGUGGGAGAUGGGGCUCCAAAACCUGAAAAAAAAAAAAAAAAAAAAAAAUGAGUAUAUUGCUGUGGAUUAUCUAUUAAC